CCAAAGAUAUUUAUCACAGAUGUUAAUCUGCUCUCCCGAGCAGAAAGGCUGCAAAAAUGGCGUUCGCUCUGUCAUCUUCAAGCGCCUCAACAGCAUUUCAAAGCUUAACAUCUUUACACUCGAGUGAUGGACUCCAUCUGAGGCCAUCCAAUCUCCUUCUUCCACCUCACUCUCUUGCUACAUCCACCCUCGCCUUCUCUCGCCGUCGAAACCACAACUCCACAGUCACUUCCUCUUCAAAGAAAAAGAAGAAAAGUGUAUCUAAGAAGGAAGUGAGGGAAGAAGAUGAGAUAGAUGAAGAUGCAUUUGAGGCAUUGUUUGGUAUGUUAGAAGAAGACCUUAAAAGUGAUGAUUUGUCAACGGGUGAUGGCGAUGAUGAAGAUGGUGAUUUAAGUGAAAAAGACCUUGAAAAGCUCCAACGCGAGUUAGAGGAGGCACUAGGAGUUGGUGGAGAUGAUGAUGUUGAGGUAGAAAUGGCUAGUUCAGUUGGGGAUGUUGAGGAUAAUGACGGUUAUGAAGAAGAAGAGGAGGAGGGGGAUAGACCUGUGAUGCUUAAGAAUUGGCAACUUCGGAGACUCGCACGAGUUUUAAAAAUUGGGCGCCGCAAAACAGGUAUUAAAAGUCUUGCUGCAGAGCUUUGUCUUGAUAGGGCUAUUGUUCUUAACUUGCUUCGUGACCCUCCUCCAAAUCUUGUCAUGAUGAGUGCUGCAUUACCUGAUGAACCUGCACCUACACUGGUGAUGCCGGAAACUAAACCAAGUGAAAUUGUUCCUGAAGAAACAAGAGAGGAGAAUGUUGUAAAAUCCGAGAGUGAGAUGAAAUUGCCAGUUCAUGUUAGGCAGGAUAGUUGGUUUGCUCGAAAGAGACUGAAGAAAGUCCAUGUUGAAACUCUUGAAAGAGUCUAUAGAAGAACUAAGAGGCCCACUAACACAAUGAUUAGCAGCAUUGUACAUGUGACAAACCUGCCCCGGAAAAGAGUGGUGAAAUGGUUUGAAGAUAAACGUGCUGAAGAUGGUGUUCCUGAACAUCGGAACCCAUUUCAAAGGUCUGUUCCUGAAACUGUAUCUUCAAGUUGAAACACUGUAUAUCUGUAAUGUAUCUGAUGAUGGCAUUUGAGGCAACAUAUUUAAUGUAUCAAGCCCUUCCUCUUUCCCUGUGUUUACCAUAAAACAACAAAACAAAGAAGUCAUUGAAAUUCCUGUUCCUAGUCUCGCAAAAAUAGAAAAAGAAAAAGAAAAAAAGCCUCCUGGAUUGAGUUUGAUUUA